AUGUUCGGUCUCGGCCCCAAGAAAGUGGUGGUCUUCGGCGUCACUGGUGAACAGGGCGGCAGCGUCGCCCGCGCCCUCCUCGCCGACACGCCCGGCACCUGGGAGGUCUGGGGUGUGGUUCGUGACUCCACGUCCAAGAAGGCUCAGGACAUGGCGGUACGCGGCGUCCUCCUUACCACGGGUGACCUCGAGGACCCCCACAGCUACGAGGAUGCCCUCAAGGGCGCCUACGCCGUCUUCCUCAAUGCCAACUUCUGGCAGUGGUACAACGGCUCCAACCCCACCGAGGCCAAGGAGCACGAAGUCCGCCAGAACAUUGGCGCCGCAGACGCCUGCCAGCGCCAGGGAGUCGAGCACAUUGUCUUUUCGACCCUCCCGUCGUUUGAGCCCAACUUUGACAUCCCCCACUGCGAAUCCAAGCAGGUCGUGGUCAACUACCUCAACGACAUGGGGUACAAGUGGAUCGGCGUCCAGGCGUCGUGGUACUAUUCCAACGUGCUCCUCUUCCCGCGCAAGACGGUUGGCGACGAGAUUGUCGUGUCGUUCCCCAUGCCCGACAACGCGCCCAUGGUCGGCUUUGCGGUCGAGCAGAUCGGCCUGUGGGUGCGUUACGCUCUGAACAACACGCAAAAGUACACUGGCAAGGUCAUCGAGUGCAAGGGCGAGGCCAACACGCCCAAGGUCAUGGCUGAGAAGCUCUCGGCCCACACGGGCAAGAAGAUUGUGACGGACGGCCUCACCCGCGACAAGUUCAUGUCGGAAGAGUACAGAAAGUCGCUCCCCGAGGAGCUGUACCUCAACUACCUCGCCAUUCUCGACGGCGGUAUCAACCCAGACUGCUCCGCGUCGAGGGCGCUGGUGCCCGAGGACUAUGACUUUGCCGAGUGGAUUGCCCACACCCCGGCGGUCAAGGCCACUUUUGUCUAA